AUGGAGGUUGCCUUGUCUGCUGUUGCAGGUGAACUAGUGAGCCGUUUCAUCUCCUUCCAGCUAAACAAGUACCAUUCUAGCCGUCCACACUCGCAGGAGAAGGUGAUGGAGAGGUUGCAGCAUCUCCUAGUGAGAGUUUGCACCAUCGUCGAGGAGGCGGACACACGGUACAUAACCAACUCCGGGAUGAUGAUGCAGCUCAAUAUGCUCUCAGAGGCCAUGUACCGAGGAUACAGUGUGGUGGACAACUCGAAGUAUCGAGCUCUCCAAGACGGGGCAAGCUCUGACGAGGUUAGCAGCAACGACUCAUCUAUCGGGAGCUUGUAUUUAGCCAAGCGUUCUCGAACAAGUAAUAAGGGCACGCACCUUGAGUUGCAUUAUGCCUUGGAAAGCUUGGAAAUUGUUGUUGCUAACAUGGCAGAAUUUGUGAUCCUUCUGGGUGGAUGCGAGCGCAUGUCUCGUAGGCCAUAUGAUGUUUAUCUUUACAUAGAUAACUUCAUGUUUGGCCGGCAUGCUGAAAAGCAAAAGCUCUUGAGCUUGUUGCUGCAGCACAACGACCCUCCUGGUGAUCAUGUACCGGCAGUUCUUCCGAUUAUAGGUGGUGCAACAACUGGUAAGAAAACUUUGGUUGCUCAUGUGUGCGGCGAUGAAAGGGUUCGUCUGCGCUUCUCCUCUAUAUUGCACUUGAAUGGAGACAACCUUUUAAGAAUACUUGACCAUGGAAGGACUAUGAAAGGGAUGAUGUUGAUCGUUAUUGAGUUUGUUUUUGAUAUAGAUGACGAUGACUGGGAAAAGUUUCACUCAUUUCUCAUAACAAUUGGAAGAGGAAGCAAGAUCAUUAUUGUAAGUAGAAUUAAAAGAUUGGCCCGGUUUGCAUCGGUGAAGCCGAUUUUCUUAAGUGCUCUAUCUCACGAUGAGCUGAGGUACCUUUUCAAGAUAAUGGCAUUCGGAAGCGUAGACCCGACAGAACAUCCACGGCUACUUCAGCUCGCGGAUGAAUUUGCCAAGGUGUUGCAUAGUAUGCAAGCUUCACUUGUUGAAACAACUGUGUUUGCAGAUGCGUUAAGAAGGAGUCUGCAUGUUCAAUCUUGGUGUGGCAUAUUGGACAAGGGGAUAAGAUUCCUUAAAAGGAACCUCUCCAUGUAUGGUAUGCAGCCAAGAAUAGCGCUCCUAGAACAAGGCCAUCCAGUGGACAUAAGGGACGUUACUUCGCAUCCACACAGCAUGGCACCUUCUACAAUGAAUGCUUCAAUCGAGAAACCGCCAAGUGUGACUGCUGCGGAACUUCUAACAGAUCCUAGUGUUAGACCAAAAGGAGACUUCAUUCUCAUUUUAUGGGAAUCAAGGAUACCCCCGCAUGAAUCAUUUGUUUAUUUUGUUACUAGGCGUGCUCAGGAUACACAUCAUGGUAGCACCUUGUCAGGGAGGAAGCGACGAGGAGUGCCGGUCUAA